AUGUCUCGUUUCCUUGAUCCUAUUCCAGAUGAAAAACGUCCGCCCAAGGGACAUGCUCAAACGUCAAUGGCAUUUCCACCACUUGAAAAGGUACCCCCCACGACUAAAAAGCGCCGAAGACUUACGAAAAAUGUGUCGAAUUGUCUUUACUGUUUUAGUUUAGAGAAUAACUCGCGUAUCUAUUCCUCUUUCCAUCCAAGCGGUUUCUUCCCGGAAACUUAUGGAUCCUUUCAGGAUCUGCGAUAUUCUAAAGGACGCAAUCAGUUUGAUCUCUCGUUAAAACUGGAGGAGGUGCAUCAAAAGCAUCGUGCUAAACAAAUGAAGGAGGAACUUGAAAAGAAAGCUCUUUUGGAAGACCUCAAAGAACUCAAGAGGCCCAGUACUGCUUUACAUAAAACAACAAGAAAAGUCCCUAGCAUGGGAUCUUGUUACCCAAGGACUUCUUCGAGCAAGCCCAUGCAUUCCAAGACAGUGUCUACGGAACUUCAAAAUCCUAUUGCCAACCCCUUGAAUAUGUUCAUUAACUCAUCAUACAAAAGGGCACCUACUCAGCGAUUCGGCUGCAAAGUACUCAACGACUUUGAGGUAUUUCCCUUGAAAUGUUGCGUCUCUAAGGAGGGUGCUGUCACGAGCAAUGAACCACAUAUCAAAUGUUCGCUAUCCUUUCUUUGA